GGGCGGGCGGCAGCGGCGGUAGUUGUGUGGAACCGCCAUGGCCCGCAAGAAGAAGAAGAAGAAGGGUCCGGCCGGCCGUGAGGGGAGGCUGGUGGUGACUUUCGACGAGGAGAGGCGGAGGGAGUACCUGACCGGCUUCCACAAGCGGAAGGUGGAGCGAAGGAAGGCGGCGCUGGAGGAGAUCAAGAGGAAGCUGAAGGAGGAGCAGAGGAAGAUGAAGGAGGAGCGGCACCAGGAGUACCUGAAGAUGCUGAGCGAGAGGGAAGAGGCGCUCGAUGAGGCUGAUGAACUGGAGCACUUGGUGACGUCACGGACAGAGUCUGUGAACAUCGACCACCCAAACCACAUUGUAACGGUGACCACCAUCAGUGACCUGGACCUCUCAGGGGCACGCCAGCUGGGACUGACCAACCCUGUGGGAAAAAGUGAUGGAUCAGAAGAAGAGAAAGGGGAAGAGGUGGUGAACAAGCCUGUAAAAGCAAUGCCCAAGAAGUCCAGAAACCCCUUCCUAUCUGAAAAGAUCUCUUCUCUUACUGCCACGCUGCACAUGCACAGCCGGAAAAAGACGAAAGGGAAGAGACCCCAACGUGGGCAAGGCCCACGCAAGAAAAUCCAGAAAUCCAGCACGGGGCGAACCACUAAGACUCAGCGACGGCGGCUGACAGGCAAAAUGGGCCGUGACCAAGAUUAACAGAGAAACUAGUGCUCAGACCAGCAGCUGGAACAGUGCUCCACAUCUGGCCUGCUGCUGUUCGGGGCCCCUUCAUUGUGUGCAAGGGCCUUGUUUACUUGGCGCUCUGACCAGCAGUGAGUCCAGUUCAGCCUUUCACCUCCUGAGCACUGGCCAGGGUGACUAGAUGCUCCACCCAUUUAUUUCUGCAGUGAUCUCCAGCUAAGUGGCUGGGUGCCACGGAGUCUCUAAAAGCUUCUGCUGCGGGUCCUGUUCUCUGUUUUGCAUAAUCCUUCUGUCCUUGGGCCUCCCCUUCCAGAGCUGAUACUUGGCUUUAUCAAAGGAGAGGAUCUGGGGUGGAGUGCAACAGGCACAUGGUCAGGGCAAUUUAUGAGACUUGGAAGAGCUCUGCUUCCACUCGUGCAUCAAUGCCCUGGUAUUUCUGCUGUGCAGUAAAUCCUUUUUCCAUGGAGACAUGGUGUCCUCUAGUCUCAUGUGUUUCUUCUCCAGUGCCACACCUGAACGCAGGGGUACUUUUUGUUUGGUACCUGUGCCAAGUGAAAUUUGGUAACUGUGAAUAAAUCUUUAUGAAGUCA